AUGAGUAAUUUGAAUGCUGCAAGUUUAUAUGAAAAUCUAUAACAACCUAUUAGUCAAUACUAUGACAAGAGUUCAAAUUUGACAAGAGAAGAAUAUUUUUAUAAACUAUCAAUAUCGACUACAUUAUAUUUGGGAAAUUUAUCCAUUUACACAACUGAAGAAUAAAUAUUUGAAUUAUUCAAUAGAGUAGGAGCAGGUGUUAGAAGGUUAAUUAUGGGUAGAAAUAAAGAAACUGGAAAGGCUAUUGGAUUUUGCUUUAUUGAAUAUUUCAAUCAUGAAGAUGCAAAAGAAGCACAUGAAUAUUUAGAUCUCCUAAAAUUGGAUGAAAGAGCAAUAAGAGUGGAUUGGGAUAUUGGAUAUUCUGAAGGAAGGGAAUAUGGAAGAGGAACAGGAGGUAAUUAGGUUAGAGAUUCUUACAGGAAGGUAGCAGAUCCAGAAAGACCUAAUGUUUAAUCAAAUAGAGGCAGAGGAAGGAGUUAUAAUAAUAAUGGAGGAAGAAGAAUAUAAGCAGAUGAUGAUGAGAGUGAUAAUUCAGGAGGUGGAUAUAAGAAAAGAGGAGGAAAUAGAUCAAAUAAUAAUUAUUGAAGAAUGAA